CACUGCCUGGGGAUGGACGGCGCACACGUGGGCAGGUAGCUACAGCGCAUCACCUCUUUGCUCUCACAUUACCUGCCACGCACCCUUCCCUUCGCACUCACCCUGAGGAGAUCCAUACCUGGCACACUCCAGAGGGCUAUCCGAGGAAGAGCAGCCAUGGGCUCCUCUUUGGUCUGUCUCCUCUUGCUGACAGGACUUCAAAGCAUCUGGGCUCAGGACUUCUAUGAGGAGAAAGUAGCAGGAAGGAAAUUUAAGAACAGGCCACUGACCAGCAAUACCAUACAAAAGCACGAUGGACAAGCCAUUUUAGAUGAAGACUGCAGCCUGGAGCUGACUUUCCUGCUGGACAGCUCCGAGAACGCCAAGGGUUACCAUGAGCAGGAGAAGAGGUUCGCCAUGGACGUGGUGGACCGCCUUCCGGGCGUCCGGCUCAAGACUGGGCGUAGCCUAAGCUGGAGGGUGUCCUUGCUACAGUACAGCAGUCAUGUGAUCAUCGAGCAGACCUUCAAGCAGUGGCGGGGCACGGAGAACUUCAAGGCCAACAUCAUGCCCAUCGCCUACAUUGGCCACGGUACCUACACCACCUACGCCAUCACCAACAUGACCCAGAUCUACCUGGAGGAGUCGAACCUGGGCGGAGUCAGGGUGGCUGUGCUGAUGACGGACGGCGUGACCCAUCCCAGGAACCCUGACAUUUUCUCGGCCACCGCCGACGUCAAGAACCAGGGCAUACGCCUAUUCACCGUGGGCAUCACGCCCACAGCCAACGAGCCCACUAACCUUGCCAAGCUGCGCCUGCUGGCCAGCUCCCCGGCAACCAGCUUCGUCCACAACCUGCAGGAUGCUGGCAUCGUGGAGAAGGUCAUCAAGGAAAUUGCAGAGGUCGCUGACGAAGGGUGUCCUCUGGCCCAGAGAUGUUCCUGUGAAAAGGGAGAAAGGGGACCAAGCGGCCCAGCUGGAAAGAAGGGUCGCCCGGGAGACGACGGCACUCCGGGUCCGAAAGGACAUAAGGGAGAAAGUGGAUUGAGCGGACUUCCGGGCCGAGAAGGGUCACCGGGUAUACCUGGCUACAAAGGAGAUAAGGGUGAGAGAGGAGAAUGUGGGAUUCCAGGAAUUAAGGGAGACAGGGGCCCGGAAGGUUCUGUCGGAAUAAGAGGAGCCAGAGGAUUACAGGGAGUCCAGGGGCCACCGGGUGACCUUGGAAUGGAGGGCCCCCAGGGAAUGAAAGGAGAACGCGGCCCGGUUGGCCUUCCUGGAAUCCAAGGGGAAAUGGGAAUCGGUCUUCCCGGGUCAAAGGGCGAUGUUGGACACCAGGGGCGGCCCGGGCCUCCGGGACUCCCAGGAGUGGGUGAACCCGGCCCACCUGGGCCUCAAGGGCCACAGGGCAUUCAAGGGGAAAAGGGACCUCUAGGGGAGGGACUCCCCGGAGCAAAGGGUGACCGGGGAGUGGAGGGACCAAAGGGACCCAGAGGACAGUCUGGAAUGGGAAUCAAAGGAGAAAAGGGAGAAUUUGGGCCACCAGGUUUUCCAGGACCAACUGGUCUUCCUGGGUUGGGCAUUCAGGGGGAGAAGGGUGUGGAAGGUCCCCGUGGGCCACCAGGGGGCAGAGGACCACCAGGAGAGGGCUUCCCAGGAACCAAGGGAGAUCAGGGUUUACCAGGAGAAACUGGUUCCCCAGGGGAAAGAGGAGCAGGAGAACCUGGACCAAAGGGAGAACCGGGAUCAACAGGUCUGGCUGGCGUUCCAGGUAUUCCAGGAGAAGACGGCGCCCCUGGACAAAAGGGAGAGCCAGGUGUACCUGGGCUGCGGGGACCCGAGGGGGGUCCUGGGAUUGGCAUCCAGGGCGAGAAGGGGGACCAGGGCCAAAGAGGGGUCCGUGGAUUGCCAGGACCUCCAGGAAUCUCCGGGCAUUCGGGAGCUAAGGGGGAGCCCGGUGUCCCGGGCAGACUGGGUUUGCCGGGGCCUCCAGGACGUGCCAUUUCAGGACCUAAGGGCGACGCUGGUCCAGCUGGCCCAACUGGGCCGAUAGGAGAGACAGGCUACGGACUCCCUGGUCCUAAGGGCGACCGUGGGAGUCCUGGUCCACCUGGUCCAUAUGGGCCCAAAGGCGAAGGCUUCCCAGGUCCCAUAGGUUCACCAGGCCUUCCAGGUCUUACAGGAGAGCAAGGACCAGAAGGAAUAGGACUUCCAGGUCCGAAGGGAGACAUUGGCUUCCGGGGCCCUCCAGGGCCACCCGGUCCCCCAGGAGAAGGGCUACCAGGCCCGGCGGGUAUUAUGGGAAGGCAAGGAUCUCCCGGACCAUUGGGACCACCAGGGGAGGGUCUGCAGGGACCCAAGGGUGAACAGGGGUCUCAGGGUAUGACAGGACCCAGGGGACCUUCAGGAGAAGGACUUCCAGGGGUCAAGGGUGACCGUGGCUUGCAGGGAGAAAGAGGACUAAAGGGUGUAAAAGGUGAUCUUGGAGACCCUGGAGUACCUGGUGCACCAGGAAACCCUGGAGUGAAAGGAGAGACCGGGCUCACGAGAGAAGACAUCAUUAAGAUGAUAAAAGAGAUCUGCGGUUGUGGCAUUAGAUGCAAAGAGAGGCCAAUGGAGCUGGUAUUCGUCAUCGACAGCUCAGAGAGCGUGGGACCAGAGAACUUCGAGAUCGUCAAAGACUUCGUCACGGCCCUGGUGGAUCGCGUCACUGUGGGUCGCAACGCCACCCGGAUCGGACUGGUGCUGUACAGCCUGGACAUUCACCUGGAGUUCAACCUGGCUCGCUACAUGACCAAGCAGGAUGUUAAACAAGCCAUCAGGAAGAUGCCUUACAUGGGCGAGGGCACGUACACGGGCACCGCCAUCCGCAGGGCCACGCAGGAAGCCUUCUACAGCGCCCGCACCGGCGUCAGGAAGGUGGCCAUCGUCAUCACAGAUGGACAGACGGACAAGCGGGAGCCAGUCAAGCUGGACAUCGCUGUGAGAGAAGCCCACGCUGCCAACAUUGAGAUGUACGCGCUGGGGAUUGUCAACAGCACCGACCCCACGCAGACGGAAUUCUUACGAGAACUCAACCUGAUCGCCUCCGACCCCGACAGCGAGCACAUGUACCUUAUUGAUGACUUCAACACCCUGCCAGCUCUGGAGUCAAAGCUUGUCAGCCAGUUCUGCGAGGAUGAAAAUGGUGCUCUGGUCUAUAACCGUGUCAUGAACGGCUAUGGAAACGGCCUCUAUGGCAACAAUGGCUACGGCAACAAUGGCUACGGUAACAAUGGCUAUGGCAACAAUGGCUUUGGCAACAAUGGCUAUGGCAUCCACCACCACGGGAGCAAUAAAAAUGUGAACAAUGGACAUACGAAUCCCUUCAAGCACCAAGUCCAAGGAGGGGGACUAACCCAGAACCAUGAGAGGGGAGACAAUCCAUCGUCCGUCAGACCCAACCUGUCCAGUGUUCAGGUUGAAGAGAGAAAGGUAACAGAUACAGACACGUUAGCAAGGGGAGCCGGCGGUGUGACUGUGUUGGAUACGCCAGUAGAACGUCCUUCACUUGGCAUUCCCAUCAGGAAAACCUCAGUGGCCAGCGGUGAAGGUUCAUCAUCAGCGUCAUCUUCAUCCUCUACCUCAAUCCAGUUCAGACCUGCGCCACCACCAGUCCGUCCUCAAGAACCAGCCCCUCUAGACCCCCGCUGCAGCCUGACUCUAGACCAGGGUGCCUGCCGCGAAUAUGUCAUCAGCUGGUACUACGACAAGCAGGCUAAUGCCUGUGCUCAGUUCUGGUACGGAGGCUGCGGCGGGAACGGCAAUCGCUUUGACACCGAAACCGAGUGCAAGAGCACGUGUGUACAGUUCAGAACAGGAAGUUAAAAUAAUGUUGAGGAAGAAGCGUUCUUCGUAUCUCUGGAUCUGAAGCGAUUAAUAAAGAAGACGUGACACAUCAUUGUUUCAGCACCGCAAGAUGUAUUAUUUAGCGUAUUACUCGAAGAGCUGUACAAGAAAAAAAGACGCUUCGUAGAACAUUCGUGCCACGUUAAAUUAAAGUGUUCUUUAAUUUGUACAUCUGUGUAUGACAAACAAAUUGCUAGAUUGAUUUAUUUGCCUUCAAGAAAAUAGGCAAUUCUCAGGGUAUAUUUUCAUGGAAGAAAUGUUUAAUAUGUUAAGCAUACUUUUGAUAAGGCUUAAAUUGAGGGUCAACAGUUCAGGUGUGUCACAUUCUAAUUAUACAGUAACAUGUUAAUUACACUAAUUACUGAUAUAGCUGACAGUAGGGAGAUCCGUUCAGAAGAAUGCAGUUUAUCGCAAUUUACUCUAAAAUUACAUUUCUGUUAUAGCAAAACAGAUAAUUCAGUUUAAUACCGAAUUGACGUAUAAACAUAAUACAACUAUAUGGACACAUGUUUAAGGGUGUGUACGCAUAAAAUAUGCUCAGUUAAAAUUUUUUUCUUUGUAUCAUUAAACAAGAGCCAGGCAGACUCCUGCGUACCGUCUCCUGAAUCAGAUUUAGUUGACGUAAUUUACAAGUUUUUUACAUGCUGAAUAUUUUUGUGCUUAACACAAGAUUAGUCUUGUUGUUUUCCAAGGAGAAUUGCAUUUCCAUUCUAGUUUACCGUUCAAUUUUGAUUAUAUGAGAUAUAACAGUGUGACCGUGUUGUAUCCAAGACGCCACAGUUAAGAUAACGUGCAGUUAUUUAUAUUCAAUACUCUUUGUUGCCUGAUAAGGGUAAUAUUGUAUAGCAAAUUGUGCUAUGAAUCGAUAUGAAGCUUUUUAAAAUGUGUCUGAAAAGCACAUUUUUAAUAUGCCAAAGUAGUGAAAAAAUGGUGUAGAUAUUGCCUUUCACAUGUUCGUCAUUUGGUACCAGAUUAACCACUAAAUUUGAUGUCUUCAUAAUCUUUCCGACAAGUGUUUUCUAUCCAUUUUUUAAUGAACGCAAUAUGCUAAAACAAAUGUUAAUUUUGUAUUUGUAAACGUGAUAAUGUUUAUAGUUUGAAUUUUUUAAUAAAUAAGAAUACUGACAA